AACAGUCGCAGCCGGGUUCCUUGGAGCAGUGACUGUUGUUGUUGUUGUUGUAGCCAGCGUUAUUUACAGCCGCGGUGCCUCCUAUCCCCCAGUCGGCUCUGCUGACUUCUCAGACCGGUGAUUAGCUUAUACAUAACUCUGACAGACAGCUAACCACACACAGCAAACUGUUUGUGGUCCCCAAGACACAGCUAGCAUUAGCUAGCGGACCCCAUAGCAGCGGAGCUAGCAGGCUAGUUGCGUAGCAGUGAUGGAGUGGCUGGGUAACGGAGCUCCAGUGUACAGCGAUGAAGAGUCUAGCAGUGACCCAGCUUCAGCAGCUAACGGCUUCAGCGGUGUUUAUCCUCACCAGCAGUCGUCAUCAUCAUUGCACCAUUGUGAUUGUCCCAUGGCGUCAUUGUGCCAGAGCCAGCAGCGCUGUGUGAAGGCCUCCAUCGUCUCCAGCUGGAGGCUGGCUGAGGCCCAGGACCAGCUAUGCUCCCUAGGUGUCCACAGCUCCGAGUCCCUGGAGCAGGAACGUGCGCGGACUCUGGCCUGCCCCACCGAACUCACGCACAUUGAGGAGGAGUGGCGCCGCAAGGAGAGCAUGCUGGGAAGUCAGGGACCCAGCCGCAGUCCUGUGCUCGGAGCUGUCGGAAGUUGGGACGUUUUUGAUAAGAGUAUCAUUAAUGUCCAAAGUCAACCUGUGGAAAUGGAGCAGGACAAAUGCAAGACGUUUCUCCAGAAAUAUGACCAAGAGCUCAGGCAUUUUGGUAUGUUGCAUAGAUGGGACGACAGUCAGCGGUUCCUUGCAGAGAGGCCUCAGCUCAUCUGCGAGGAAACGGCCAAUUACUUAAUUCUGUGGUGCAUGAGACUACAACAAGAAGGGAAAGAAGCGCUGAUGGAGCAGGUGGCACACCAAGCUGUAGUCAUGCAGUUCAUCUUGGAGAUGGCCUCGAACUCUCAGCAGGAUCCUCGAGGCUGUUUCAGACAGUUCUUCCACAAAGCCAAAGAAGGACAAGACGUCUACCUAGAAGUCUUCCAUACAGAGCUCGAGGCCUUCAAACACAGAGUGAAAGAAUACGCAGUCAGGUCUAGAAGUGAUGCACCUAUUAACAUUGAACAACAGAAAAUUGGCACAAACUGUAGACUCGAGCCCAAAGAAGCCCUGGCCUCUUUACCUCAAGUGGCAGAGUAUCCUAUGAAGCGUUGUUUAGAGGCUGGACUGUGGACAAGCUCAGGGAGGUGGACAAAGGACGACACUACAGAAACGGACGAUAUACGCAUGAUGGAGACCUCCUAGGGAUUGUAGGAUCGGCCUCUGCUAUUUCCUCCAUCUCCAUCGCCUCCCCAUUUAGGAGCCACCUAAGCAGGCCUGGCUGAAACACACCAGUGCAGAGCAGGAAUAAAAGCAGACAUGAUUGGUCUCUUACACUGCAGGAAAGAAUGUUUUACCGAUGACGUAUUUCUCAGUGUUUGAUUUUAUGCCGCUGUGGUUGGCCACUGAUGAGUUGGUUCCUGUGGUGUCCCUCGCCAGCUAAAUGCAUGUGUUGUGCCAUAACGCUGGUUUUACAGAUGGAGUUCUUUUAUCAUUCAAGCCUGUUUCUUUUUAUUUCUCCAGAAAAACAGAAGCAAAAUCCAGACAACACAACGAAUACUAAACCAAGUGUUUGAGCGGUAAAGUACCAAAUCCAGUGCCCGAGGUAGGACUCAGGUCGGUGGAUGUCUGAGGAGUAUCGUUAUUGCUGCUUGAAAUUAAUCAUAAGACACAUUACUGACAAAUCAGUGGCUUUGUAUCCUGUUUGUGGUUCAAAUUUUGGUUAAUGGUGAACAUUUUAUUGAAAUGGCCAACAAGACGAGAUGGCCUGCUAUACUGUGCUUGACAAUUGUUAAGGCAAAGUUUCUUAAAGUAACAUUUAACUAACUGAUCAUGUGGCAGUAUACAGUAACUACUGUAAACAGAGAGACGGUGGUCGUGCGGUGGAUGUGAUCUGUUGAAUUUUUUUUAAAGACAUCCAUGGCCUCGCAUGUUUUUAUUAUUUUUUCUUUGAGUUGCUAAAAGCUAAACUAUAAACUCAUGAGCAAAGAGCAGCUUGUCUAUGUUUUAUAGCCUAAUGUCUGAAUCUGUAAUGAAUACAGAGAGCGCAAAUGCAGCUGAGGUUACUUGGGUUUGUGUCUUCUUCAGCAUUUAAAGGGUAACUUAAGUACUUUUCAACCUGGACCAUAUUUUUCCAUGUUUUUGUGUUUGA